GUCCAUCUUCAGACCGGUCAGUGCGGUAACCAAAUUGGUGCCGCCUUCUGGCAGAUUAUCUCCGGCGAGCACGGCUUGGACAGCAAUGGCGUGUACAACGGCACUUCCGAGCUCCAGCUCGAGCGCAUGAAUGUCUACUUCAACGAGGCUUCCGGCAACAAGUAUGUUCCCCGCGCUGUCCUCGUCGAUCUCGAGCCCGGCACCAUGGACGCUGUCCGUGCUGGUCCAUUCGGCCAGCUCUUCCGCCCCGACAACUUCGUCUUCGGCCAGUCCGGUGCUGGCAACAACUGGGCCAAGGGUCAUUACACUGAGGGUGCUGAGCUCGUUGACCAGGUCCUCGACGUUGUCCGUCGUGAGGCCGAAGGCUGCGACUGCCUCCAGGGUUUCCAGAUCACCCACUCCCUUGGUGGUGGUACCGGUGCCGGUAUGGGUACCCUUUUGAUCUCCAAGAUCCGCGAGGAGUUCCCCGACCGUAUGAUGGCCACCUUCUCCGUCGUGCCAUCGCCCAAGGUUUCCGACACCGUUGUUGAGCCCUACAACGCCACCCUCUCCGUCCAUCAGCUUGUUGAGAACUCCGACGAGACCUUCUGCAUUGACAACGAGGCUCUCUACGACAUCUGCAUGCGCACCCUCAAGCUCCCUAACCCCUCGUAUGGUGAUCUCAACCACCUCGUCUCCGCCGUCAUGUCCGGUGUGACCGUUUCUCUCCGUUUCCCCGGCCAGCUCAACUCUGAUCUCCGCAAGUUGGCUGUCAACAUGGUUCCUUUCCCUCGUCUCCACUUCUUCAUGGUCGGCUUCGCUCCCCUGACCAGCCGUGGCGCCCACUCUUUCCGCGCCGUGUCCGUUCCCGAGUUGACCCAGCAGAUGUUCGACCCCAAGAACAUGAUGGCUGCUUCCGACUUCCGCAACGGUCGUUACCUCACUUGCUCUGCCAUCUUCCGUGGCAAGGUCUCUAUGAAGGAGGUUGAGGAUCAGAUGCGCAACGUGCAGAACAAGAACUCGUCUUACUUCGUUGAGUGGAUUCCCAACAACGUCCAGACCGCUCUCUGCUCCAUCCCUCCCCGUGGCCUCAAGAUGUCGUCGACCUUCGUCGGUAACUCUACUGCUAUCCAGGAGCUCUUCAAGCGCAUUGGCGAGCAGUUCACUGCCAUGUUCCGUCGCAAGGCUUUCUUGCAUUGGUACACUGGUGAGGGUAUGGACGAGAUGGAGUUUACUGAGGCUGAGUCCAACAUGAACGAUCUCGUUUCGGAGUACCAGCAAUACCAGGAUGCUGGUGUUGAUGAGGAGGAGGAGGAGUACGAGGAGGAGGCCCCCGCUGAGGAGGAGUAG